UUCCGUCUCGCAAAAGACUGGCGCACACGCACACCGACUUCCUCGCGAGCCGCUUUUGUUGUGCAGCACGCGCAGGGCGUGCAGGCGAGAAGCGCUGCAGAAAAGGGGCUUUACAAGACGCUUUCUUCCAGAGUAACCAAGGAGACAGAGGCCUGAGAUGGGGACGAGAGAGCAGGACGAGGCACUGAAAUUUCUGAAGAGUUUUGUGGAGGAAUUUGGGAACCCGCUGUGCCCAGAUGACUCGCUGCCUCUUGCCCCACUCAGCCGCAAGGUCACCCUGCAGGAGGUGACGGGAGAGAGUCUGGAGCUUGGCCUGCGGCUGCUCUCUGCCAGGCACGGCCCCUCCUGGUUGAGUGCGUCAAUGUGCCGCGCUGCGGUCAGUGAGCUUCUGAAAGCUGACCUUUCACCUUUCCACUGCCCCAAAGACCCCGAGCAGCAGCCAGAUGACGAACCAGAAGUAGUUUUGCUACAGUCAGAGCAUGUGCAACGCCUGUUUAUCAACAAGCUGAGAGAAGUUGCCCUGGCCUGGCAGAAACAGCUGCCCAGUCUGGUUCCUCACUCCUCCCACCUCUGCUCUGUCCACGCCAUUCGGAACACUCGGAGAAAAAUGGAAGAUCGCCAUGUGAUACUGAGAGAAUUUAACCAGCUCUUAGGUUUACAGGACGGUGUGGAGCGUGAGUACUAUGCUGUUUUUGAUGGACAUGGAGGUGUGGACGCUGCCACAUAUGCUGCUACUCACUUGCAUGUCAUGCUCAGCCAACAGGAGACCCUAAAGAGUGACACCGCAACAGCCUUCAAAAACACAUUCAUACAAACAGACGACAUGUUCAAGAUCAAAGCCAAAAGAGAGCGCAUACGCAGUGGCAGCACAGGUGUGGCCGUGUUGCUGUCUGCCGACUGGCUGACAGUGGCCUGGCUGGGAGACUCUCAGGCCAUGUUAGUGAGACGAGGUGAGCCCGUCAUCCUGAUGGACCCCCACAAACCUGAGAGAGAGGAUGAGAAGCAAAGAAUAGAGGACCUGGGAGGGUGUAUUGCUUUCAUGGGCUGCUGGCGUGUUAAUGGAACAUAUGCUGUUUCCAGGGCAAUUGGUGAUUUUGAUCAGAAGCCGUAUGUCUCCAAUGCAGCAGACUGCUCCUCGGUUCAGCUGAGCGGGGAGGAGGACUAUAUCCUACUGGCCUGUGAUGGUUUUUUUGACGUAGUGCAGCCAGUGGAGGUUCCUGGGCUGGUGCUGGAGGCCCUGAGGGAGACAGGUGGCUCCGGGACGGAGGCUGCUCAAAGCCUGGUGAAUCAGGCCAAAGCUGCGGGCUCCAGUGACAACAUCACCGUCCUGCUGGUGUUUCUGCGGGAACCACAGAAACUGUUGCUUUCAGAAAUGGGCUCGGGAACAGGGGGAGAGGCACGGGGCCAAGCACCACAAAAUUGAGGGAAAGAGAGAAGGACUGGAGCAUGGAAGCAGACCACUGGAGGGCCCUCUCAGCUUCCUAAUGGCUGUGAUGCCUGGAUUUAUUGAGUCUUAUGGCAGUGGCGCAUUGUGUUGCUCAGUAUAAUACUUUUUCAAUGAGGUCAUCCAAAAAAAUUAUAUGACAUAAAUGUGGUUUUAUCCACUGAAGAAAACUGUCAUUAUUGGUGAGCAGUAUUUUUUUUUUUUUUUUUUUUUUUAAUUAUGUCAUGAUGCUUUUUUUUUGUAACGCUGAACACCUUGUUUCUUUAUACUGGCUUUUAAAGCAGCAUUCUUUAAGAUUUUUCAUUCUUUUAAUUAAGAGCAGAAGAGUGGAGUUGAUGUUUAAAAUCUUAUAGGGUGCUGCUUUAAAUCAGGCAUUCCCAAAGAUAUUUUGAUCUGCUUGCCUUGUUUUUUUGUUUUUGUUAUUUUUUUUUUUUUUACACGUUUUCUGAUUUACAGGUGCUGAAUCUCAAAAAGGAUGUGAAAACAAGUCAUGUUUUAUAGGUCUUCUAGGGAUCACUGUUCACUGUGAUAAAGGGAUUCUUGUGCUAUUGUCACCAACAUGGUGUGAGCGGGGUCCAGUCAGUUGACCUUUCCAUGAUCUGCCCACAAAUGUGCUGUAGAUUGGACAAAAUUACAGAGCAUUGACAAAAGAAAACUAAGUCAGUCUAAUAAGAAACUGUAGCAAACAGUAAAUGAAAAGGAAUGUUUUGUUUAUUUUGUGUAUUUGAAGAAUGUUAACAUUAGCUUUGAUGUGAUUUUCAUAGCAUUUUAUAACAUGUUAAACUGGAAACUCACGCAGUGAAUCUAAAGUCCACCCUUCACUCUGAUGAGAUAAAUUGAAUUUUAGGCCAGUUUUCUGUAAAACUGGUCCAAUGUCACAACUGUCACUACAAAAGUGUGCGUUUGUGGGUGGAGCAUGGAUAAUCCAAGUGGCGCUAACUGGCACCUGGCUUUCAUUCAUUAUUAGCAACAUUAGGAAACUGCAGAGGUUAUGGUGACGAGCCACUGUUUGUCCAUUUUCCAAUAGGAUGUUUCCUGUUAUUUGUGACUGUUACAAAGCAGUGUGAACUUAAGGGCACACCCAUCUUAAAUAUAUGACUGUUAAUCUGGUCAAAGCAAUGUGCUUUGUAAAUGAAAUAUUCAUAAAGCUUCAUCUACUUGAGGCAAUGUUGGUCAA